GUGCAAUGGAAGCGGCAACUCGCAAAUGCCGGACGUGUCUGUCGGUUAGCGAGUCGGAAUACUUGAGCAUUUUUGCGGAGGAAAAUCGGACUAAGAAUAUUGACAAAAUUAUUGCCACACAUCUUUGGUUUCAGGUAAUUGCCACCGAUGAAAGUCAAUGGAUAUGCCAGAGCUGUUGGACAAAGUUGGAAGAGUUUCAUGAUUUCUACACCAGCAUCGAGGCAACGCACAAACAGCAGACACUCCGUGAAGAUGGACGUGGCGCCGCGAAAGAGCGCUCUGUUCCAUCGCCCGAUUGCACUAGUCCUACGUACAAUCCAGAGUUUCUGGAGAUAAAAGGUGAACCGUACGAUGUUGAGGAGACCAAUGACGAUGCCUUAAGCCAGGUGGACAGCAGCGUCAGUGAUAAAAUGUUGUCCUGCGGCGAUAUCAAGAGUGAAGAGUCGGACGAUGAGGAGGAUGAAGACGAAAGUGACUAUUCGCAGCCACCGUAUGAUGGGGUGACGAAACGAGGAAAGUCCACCCGGUCACUGGGGGUCAAGGCACGAAAGCAGCAAACCGGUGAGCGAUUGGAGAAGCGCAAGGCAGGUGGUCGUUUUCCAGUCGACCCGGAAGAGGACAAAAAUAUACUCCAGUUCUACAGGCGCAUCGUAUGCGAGGUGUGUGACAACAAGCGGAUGAUGGUGGGUGAACCGCUGAUCGAGUACGCGACCUGGGGCGAACUGUUGCGCCACACGAAGGACAUGCACGGUCACUACAAGAUCUUUGUACAGUGUCCGGUGUGCGAGAUGAAGCUGCGCACGAAGGUGACGCUGGUGCAGCACAUGGAUAUGCAUCAGAACCCGGAGAAAUAUCGGUGCGAGGUGUGCGGUGAGGUGUUCCAGAACAUGAAGGAACACAUGCAGAACAAGCAUGAGGAGCGCCAGUUUAGCUGCGAUCUGUGUGGGAGCAAGUUUCCGUUCAAGAAGCGGCUCGUGGUGCACAUGAAGAAGAUGCACGCGGAGAAAAACGUCACGUGUGAUCAGUGUCAGAAAUCCUUCACACGCUACACAAUCGAAGAUCAUCGAAGAUCGGUGCACAUGGCUCGGUUUGUGUGUGAGCACUGUCCGAAAACGUUCAAAAUUCGGUUCCGCUUGCACAAGCACAUGCAGGAGCACGAUAAAAGCUUGCGCAUCUCGACGUCCGUGCCUUGCCCGACGUGCGGACAGGUGAUGGGCGAUAAGUACAUUCUUCGACAGCACAUCAAGCACAUGCACAACGAGCAGCAGGCGGUGGAUUGUGAGACGUGUGGGAAGACGUUCAAGAACUAUCGCAAUCUAAAGAUACACCUAACGAACGUGUGCAUGAAACCGAUACAGCUACAUCCAUGUGCGAUAUGUGGCAAGCAGUUCCGGCACAAGAACAAGCUUAAAGACCAUAUGGCAUCCUGCACACCGAAUUGAAGGGUGUCAGUUGUG